UGGGUUACUUGGCUGAGGAAAGGAAUGCAGAGCGAGGAGCAGGGUUUCAUCUUCAGCCCCAGGCGGGCGAACCAGUGGCAGAAGGGAAGGCAGAGCCCAGGGGUCCCCAUCCCGUACCUGGGGCGCAGGCCCCGCUGGGGUGGGAGGGAGAGUGGAGGGCCGGGCAGGCUGCAGCCGGGGAUGGCUGCCCCCCCUGCCCCGGUGUUACUGGGAGGACUGAGGUUGCGACAGCAGCCGAGCCCACCCAGCUGCAGCCGGCUCGGGGCUUAGGGCAGGGGCGGGAGGUGACCACCGCGCCGCUGGCCGCCUCGCCCAGACAUUCCGUUUCGGCCGCUGGAAUGCGCGGACAAGGCUCCUUGUUGGCCUUGGGCGGGGUUCGCCGGGCCGGCCUGGCGCUCGAGGCCCCGGGGCGGGGCGGGGCCCGAGGCCGCGGGACCUUUAAAUCCGAGCCUCGCGUGGGCUCCUGGCCCCCGACGGACACCACCAGGCCCGCGGAGCCCACCAUGCCGCGCCCGGCCCCCGCGCGCCGCCUCCCGGGACUCCUCCUGCUGCUCUGGCCGCUGCUGCUGCUGCCCUCCGCCGCCCCCGACCCCGUGGCCCGCCCGGGCUUCCGGAGGCUGGGGACCCGAGGUCCCGGGGGCAGCCCUGGACGCCGCCCCUCUCCUGCGGCUCCCGACGGCGCGCCCGCUUCCCGGACCGGCGAGCCUGGCCGCGCCCGCGGUGCAGGUGUUUGCAAGAGCAGACCCUUGGACCUAGUGUUUAUCAUUGAUAGUUCUCGUAGCGUACGGCCCCUGGAAUUCACCAAAGUGAAAACUUUUGUCUCCCGGAUAAUCGACACUCUGGACAUUGGGCCGGCCGACACGCGGGUGGCAGUGGUGAACUAUGCUAGCACUGUGAAGAUCGAGUUCCAACUCCAGGCCUACACAGAUAAGCAGUCCCUGAAGCAGGCUGUGGGUCGAAUCACACCCUUGUCAACAGGCACCAUGUCAGGCCUAGCCAUCCAGACAGCAAUGGAUGAAGCCUUCACAGUGGAGGCAGGGGCUCGAGAGCCCUCUUCUAACAUCCCUAAGGUGGCCAUCAUUGUUACAGAUGGGAGGCCCCAGGACCAGGUGAAUGAGGUGGCGGCUCGGGCCCAAGCAUCUGGUAUUGAGCUCUACGCUGUGGGCGUGGACCGGGCAGACAUGGAGUCCCUCAAGAUGAUGGCCAGUGAGCCCCUAGAGGAGCAUGUUUUCUACGUGGAGACCUAUGGGGUCAUUGAGAAACUUUCCUCUAGAUUCCAGGAAACCUUCUGUGCGCUGGACCCCUGUGUGCUUGGAACACACCAGUGCCAGCACGUCUGCAUCAGUGAUGGGGAAGGCAAGCACCACUGUGAGUGUAGCCAAGGAUACACCUUGAAUGCCGACAAGAAAACGUGUUCAGCUCUUGAUAAGUGUGCUCUUAACACCCACGGAUGUGAGCACAUCUGUGUGAACGACAGAAGUGGCUCUUAUCAUUGUGAGUGCUAUGAAGGUUAUACCUUGAAUGAAGACAGGAAAACUUGUUCAGCUCAAGAUAAAUGUGCUUUGGGUACCCAUGGGUGUCAGCACAUUUGUGUGAAUGACAGAACAGGGUCCCAUCACUGUGAAUGCUAUGAGGGCUACACUCUGAAUGCAGAUAAAAAAACAUGUUCAGUCCGUGACAAGUGUGCCCUAGGCUCUCAUGGUUGCCAGCACAUUUGUGUGAGUGAUGGGGCCGCAUCCUACCACUGUGAUUGCUAUCCUGGCUACACCUUAAAUGAGGACAAGAAAACAUGUUCAGCUAUUGAGGAAGCACGAAGACUUGUUUCCACUGAAGAUGCUUGUGGAUGUGAAGCUACACUGGCAUUCCAGGACAAGGUCAGCUCGUAUCUUCAAAGACUGAACACUAAACAUAUCCUUUCUGGAAGGUUUUCUGCUUCUGCCUGGAGCCAACCAAGGUACUACGAUCGAGCCAAACACUUUAAGACAUUCCACAGGCAAGUGACUUAUUUGUUAGGUUUUAAUAUGAGCAGUGGUAAUAUACAACUUUAAAAAAUUUAGAGUUCUUUUCUAAUGGUUUAAUAGACUGUUUCACCCAUUCAAUAUUUACAUGUAAAAGCUGCCUAUUUUGUCCCCUAGUGCUUUUCCAUAACUGUAUAUGCUCCUAAUGAUGCUCUUACAUAACAGAUGGAACAUUUAUGCUAAUGACUCCUUAAUAUGGCUUUCUUAGUUCAGAAUCUGAACAUGUACAAAGCAAGUCAGCUGAUUAAUGGGGUGUGAUAUCUCAGAUUACACACAGUUGUACCCUUUGACUAGCCAAGUGGUCAAAAAGCAGAUUUUAAAAUGUAACAUGAUACAAUCUCAGAAACUUUCAAAAUCAGUUCUUUCUUCAAAGGAGUAACUAGGGAAAAGUUUCUCAGAACAGUUCAAGUUAACAACUCUGUUCCUAUGUACCCCAGAGGAGUGGAAUUCAGAUUGUGGUAGGUACAAUCUAGGCAUAUGCAGAGACUUUUAAGGGAGGUACAGAUAAUUGGAAAGAAUCAAUUUCCAAAUCCUUCACUUGCUUAAGACACUACUUGGAAUCAGCUGGCAUUUUCUUUUCCCGUCUCUCAUUUCCGUAUUACCAUUCUCCUAACUUUACACAAGAAAGGCAUACUUCUCAUUUACCCUAGAUCUACUAAGGUGCAUUUCUUAGAACAGCAGAAUCUUGAGAUAGCCAAACAAAGGGACAAUCCAACUAUCCCUUUAAUCAAGACUUCAUAAACACUGCUUCCCCCAUCCCUCACACUAAGAUGCUACUCCAAUUAAAUUUUAUAUGAACAAAAACAUCUGAAGACCACUGCAGUGGUCUACUUUUAUUGUGCUCUCUGAAGAACAGGAUUUUUGACUUUUAGACUGAAUUCAACUUUUGGUGAGAAAACAGUUUGCUCUUUUUUUUCACUUCUCAUAGGACAUAAUUAUUUUAUCUUGUGAAGUGUUUGAAAGUGUGUUUAUAUUUUCUAAUGUGUAAAAAUAAAUGGUGUUGGCCUUAACAACUUGCCACUUGAUGACAUUUUGGAGAAGUUGAAAGUAAAUGAAUAUGGACAAAUACAUCGUUAAAUUGCUCCAAUUUCUCACCUGAAAAUGUGGACAGCUUGGUAUACUUAAUACUCAUGCAUUCUUUUGCACACCUGUUAUUGCCAAUGUUCCUGCUAAUAAUUUGCCAUUAUCUGUAUUAAUGCUUGAAUAUUACUGGAUAAAUUGUAUGAAGAUCUUCUGCAGAAUCAGCAUGAUUUUUCCAAGGAAAUAAAUAUGCAGAUACUUAUUAAGAGCAAACUUUAGUGUCUCUAAGUUAUGACUGUGAAAUGAUUGGUAGGAAAUAGAAUGAAAAGUUUAGUGUUUCUUUAUCUACUAAUUGAGCCAUUUAAUUUUUAAAUGUUUAUAUUAGAUAACCAUAUUCACAAUGGAAACUUUAGGUCUAGUUUCUUUUGAUAGUAUUUAUAAUAUAAAUCAAUCUUAUUACUGAGAGUGCAAAUUGUACAAGGUAUUUACACAUACAACUUCAUAUAACUGAGAUGAAUGUAAUUUUGAACUGUUUAACACUUUUUGUUUUUUGCUUAUUUUGUUGGAGUAUUAUUGAAGAUGUGAUCAAUAGAUUGUAAUACACAUAUCUAAAGAUAGUUAACAGAUCAAGUGAACAUUACAUUGCCAUUUUUAAUUCAUUCUGGUCUUUGAAAGAAAUGUACUACUAAAGAGCACUAGUUGUGAAUUUAGGGUGUUAAACUUUUUACCAAGUACAAAAAUCCCAAAUUCAUUUUAUUAUUUUGCUUCAGGAUCCAAGUGAUAAAGUUAUAUAUUUAUAAAAUUGCUAUAAAUCGACAAAAUCUAAUGUUGUCUUUUUAAUGUUAGUGAUCCACCUGCCUCAGCCUCCCAAAGUGCUGGGAUUACAGGCUUGAAAGUCUAACUUUUUUUUACUUAUAUAUUUGAUACAUAUAAUUCUUUUGGCUUUGAAACUUGCAACUUUGAGAACAAAACAGUUCUUUAAAUUUCGCACUGCUCAAUUCUGUUUUUCGUUUGCAUUGUCUUUAAUAUAAUAAAAGUUAUUACCUUUACAUAUUAUCAUGUCUAUUUUUGAUGACUCAUCAAUUUUGUCUAUUAAAUAUAUUUCUUUAAAUUAUACUGAAUUAACAGUUAUUUUGAUACUCAACAGUUUCUUAUCAAAAGACAGAAGUUUGAUUCUCUUCCUAUAGUUUAAUCUCACACUUUUGAGGCUAAAAGUGUAAGUUCAGGUUCAAAAGAAAGGCUUCAAUAUAAAAUUAUCUAAAUUUGGAUAAAAUAAUGAUGAGCUUUACAUUAAUAUAAGCUCCUGAGAAGCAAAUAUAUCCUACAGAUGUAAAUAUAAAAUAUAAACUUUAAGGAAGGAACAAAAACUAAAUAUACCAAGGAAAUAUAUAAAGCAUCUCUUACUUUUCAAAAAUUUUGAAAGGGUAUGACAUACAGCUACAGUAGUAUUUUCCAGACUUGUUUGAGCCCAAAAUCAGUAAUACAUAUUAAUAUACCACAGAGAAAUGGUGGUAUAGAAGGAAUAAAUGAGAGUUCAUGUGCAAGAAGGGAAAGAUAAAGAGAGGUGAGUUUUCAAGUGUCACCAUUAGUAACUAGCUUCAACUAAUUAUGUCUUGACCAGUUUAUUGGAAACUCCUGGGUUAGAUAAUACUAAUUUGUCUCAUGCGUCCAGUAUAGGGAGCCUAUGGACAGGGGCCAAUGUAUCUUAAACAGACACACAAACAAUGGAAAACAAACAUUAUCUGAAUGGGAUUGGGUUAUGUUUGGAAAGAAUUCCUCAUGGAGACUGAUUUGUGCUGGUUUGGCUAGGCACAACUGGCCUGUUAAGAGGGUAGGACCAUAUAUAAAGUGGCUUGGGAAGCAGAGCCGGAUGGAAUGUUGCCCUGCAGAAAGCAUAUUGGCUUACUUGAGGUGGUGGCUCCCUAGUAAAAACAUUUAGGAUUGAGGGAAGAUCAGAUUUUGGAUGGAGUUUAGAUUUGCUAGGAAAGGCACUAGGGACUAUUGUCAAUUCUAUAAUAGAUUGUGCUGGGUGAGACAAAUCACCCAGGUCAAAGGAUUGGAGGAUUUUUAUUUUAUUUUUGUCUGAGAUGGGAAAAGACUCCAAGUGGGGAAAUUAACUACUGAUGCAUAAAUUACAUGCUAGAUUAUGGUAAAAGGGAAAACCAGAAAUAAAAACAUAGGUGAGACCAAAUAAUUUCAUGAGAGUGGUUCUACUUGGAUUUCUGCCCUAUGCCUUAGACUUUGAGGCUUUGUAACUCUCAGGCAUUCCAAAAGGACAAAGGAGAAUGAAGAAAGAAAUAAGGUUAGAAAAAGAAGAGAAUAUGUAACAGUCGACUCUAGACGAGAAAACACCAAACGCUCAAAUAUUUGUAAAAUGGGAGGCUAUGCUCCAAUAGCAAUUGUACGCUGUAAUUACCCAACGUUUACAGAAAUUCCUUUUAAGGACCCUCGGGGUUGCGGUAAUAAUUAAACUGUUAAAAAAUGUCAAAACAAGCGGAAUAAACAAAAUCUUCUAUUCCUAAAUUGCUCUAGAGGUUCUCCAACCCCCAAAGACACAGAGAAGGGCUGUAAGAUCUCAGUACGCACAUUUGCACUUUCAUCUGGCCAGUGGCGCCAGCCUAUCAAAUACAGUAAAUGGCUUUUCCCUUUCAAGAAUGUUGGAACUUUGGAACUUAGAAAAUACUAAAUAAUUUGCCCUCAUUCGAACGGGCGCCUCUCUUCUUAGGUUUAUAGUAAUGCCACCUGAGGCGCGGCUCCAUCGCGAUCAUCACAGGUGUGGCGGGAGGGAGGGCGGCAGUGACCACGAGACGGGGCGCAGAGGGCGAGCGCACGGCUGGCAGUGACAGGUCGCGACCCAGCUCCUUGCGGAGAGCAGAAAGGCCCAGACGCCAGGGAACAGGACUAGCCCAGCUACCGCCUCGCGCCCCGCGCCCAC